AUGAGAUUCACCUUCUUUGCUGCUCUCGCCCUCCUCGGCACCGCUUUCGCGGCUCCUACUGCGCCUACUACCUCCACGGCUACUAUCCCAGCUGGUCAAACCUGCAAGAAGGACGGAAGUAUGGGCGUCUGCCAGAGCGGAUACUGCAUGCAAGAUGAGAAGGCUUCUUCUGGAGUUUGCAAGUGA